AUGUCGAAUCAAGAAGAAGACUUUUCCCAAAAUAUUGAUGAACAAUUAUUACAAAAUGUUGAAGAUUCCUCAUCACCAGAUGUGAGAAUCAAGUUGGAAAGAAUUGCCCAUGCUGCCUCUUUGUCAAAACCACAACAACAACAACCACAAGAUCAACAACAAUCACAACAACCACAGCAACAAGGAACUACUUCUGUUGGUUCAGCUUCCCCAUCAGGCGGUAGAAGAAAUAAGAGAAGUCAUGCUGAUUCCAGUUCUGUUGCUGCUGCUGCGGCAGCUGCCGAAUAUAAAAAACAGUUUGAACAAUUACAACAACAACAGCAACACGCUCAACAACAACAUUUAACUGGAUUACCCCAUCAAUCUCAACAAGUACAACUUCAACAUCAACAUCAACAGCAACUUGCUCAUCAUCACCACCAUCAACAUCCACAAUAUCCACAUGAAUUGACUGGUGCUCCAGGUCCAGAUGAUUUAUCAGAAUAUAAUAUUCAAAUCCCGGAUCCAAUUAUUGAUUCUAAGCUGAAAAUUUAUCCAGUUAGUGAAAAUACCAUUACUGCUGAUGGUAAUUUGAUCACUCGUCCUUAUCCUGAACAAGUUUUCCAAAGUCGUGAAGAAUUGAAUGAAUUUAUUACUGAAUUUGCUCGUGAUAAUGGAUUUGGGGUUGUUAUUGCGCAUUCUAAUAAAAAAGCAAUUUAUUAUACAUGUGAAUUAGGUGGUCGUUAUCGUCAUAAAAAGAAUAAGAAAGUUGAUCCAACCAAACAAAUUGAUGUUGGUGAUGGAUAUAUGUUGGAUCCAGAUACUAAAACUAAGAAAUUGAAAUGUCCAUUUGCUAUGACUGCUUCAUUUAGAAAAACAAACAAUGUUUGGACAUUAAGAACUACUUGUAAUGAACAUAACCAUCCACAGUUGGACCCAUUGAGUAAUCAUCCAAUGUUACGUAAACGCUCCGAUGAAUUGAAUGUUUUGAUUUUGGAAUUAUACAAACUUGGUACUAAACCAUCUCAUAUUGAAAGUAAAAUUAAAGAAGAUUAUCCAGAUGUUUUGAUUAAAAGAGAAGAUAUAUAUAAUGAAAUCAGAGGUUAUAAACGUAAAUUAAAGAAACAAUCUAGUCGUAUUGGUUAUAAUAGCCCAUCAAGAAUUUCAACUGCUCAAUUCAAAAAGAGAAUGAUUUCUGAACAAGCUGCGGCUUCUUCAAGAAAUGCAGCUACUAAAGCUGAAGCAGAAGCUGCUGCUGCUGUUGCUGCUGCUGCAGAUGCCAAUGCUUUCUUACAAGGUGCUGGAAAUGAUCAAUCAUCAAAUGAUUAUGAACAAUAUCAACAACAUCAUCAUCAUCAACAACAACAGCAACAGCAACAACAACAACAACAAGUUUCUCAUCAACAACAACAAGAAGAAUUUCAACGUCAAUUUGCUGCUGCUCAAGCUCAAGCUGUUGCUGCUCAACAACAUUUGGAUGAAUCUCAAUAUCAACAUUAUCAACAACAAUUACAAGAACAUGAAUUAAAUGAUAAUGAUAGUUCUACUGCUGCUGCUAUUGCUGCUGUUGCCAAUGCUAAUCGUCAACAUCAUCAUUAUGCUGAUAAUGCUGACUUAUCGAUUGAUAAUAUUGAUAGCAGAUUAGUUGGUGAAUAA